CGACAAUAUUCAAAUCAGGCGAAUGGGAAAGCUAAACUUUGGAGAGUUCAUGAGUUUCAUAUCCCAAACUUCCCCCUUUCGCCCAUAGGAAAAAUGUUCGUGGCAUGUCAAUGGAAGAUGUUGGAGGAAUCAACCAAGGCCUUUACGAAUGCCGAACACACUGAGAUAGGACGUCUAACAGGGCCGGCACGAAAACACUCAUGAUGCAACUGUGCUACUUAGUUGAAUCGACGAUUUCGCCCUUAGAACCUGCUACUCAGGGUCUCGAUGACCUUUUGCCUCGUCUACAGGCUGCGGCUGCGGCUGGAGCCCGUUUUAGCAAAUGGCGUGCCCCCAUCCUCUGCAAUAUGUCGUCCCUACCCACUCAGGCUGGUCUCGAAGCCCAGGCUGAAAGCCUUGCUCGCUUUGCUGCUAUUAGCCAGCAAGCUGGUCUGGUUCCUAUCGUGGAACCUGAUGUUGACUUCGCUGAAGACGCAGACCUCAAGAAGAGCGUCAAGGUACACGUGAAGAUCAUCAGUUCUUUGAUUAAGCCUUCCUUCCCGCAACCUGGCCUCAAGCACCCUUCCGUUCUACCACGUCAGUUGAGGAGAUUGGCUUGGCCACAACUACAGUCCUUGCUUGUUCAGUCCCUGUCGCAGCACCGGAUGUCGUCUUCCUCUCAGGCAAGACCUUCAUUAUUCUCUAGCCCAUCCUACCUAAAUACCUUAAUGCGGUCAAUGUUGUUGCCAACAAGGCCCCCACUAACUCCCCUGUGUCUUUCUCGCCUGCCCCCUCUGACGUUCUCAUUUGGACGCGGUCUUCAAGGCGAUGCUAUGGCGAAAUGGGCGAAAGGCGAUGAAGCUGGUGCAAAAUCUGUGUUUGAAGCCAGGGCUAAGGCUUACUGGCUCGCAGCGAAACGCGAGGCCUGA